GCCGCCGCUCCCACCCGGGCGCGACCUCAGGGCAAGGCUCAGACCGCGUGUCCCGGGAAUGUAGCCAGUUGCUGGGCUACGCCGGGGACAGAGUCGAGACUUGGAGGGGCGGGAGCGGCUGAAGAGUGCGGGGAGCCGCCCCGCCGCGACCCAAAGCCCCUGUGGGAACUGUGGUGAGGAGCAGUUUACAGAUCGUCAGUGCCAGCGCGGGCGAGGAGAGAAACCCAGCUCCGGACUUUUGGAGCGAGGUCAGAGGGCACGAAGUUGUGCGUGCAGCUGCUACCAUAGUAACCCGGGGACCGGAUGUGGCGAUCUUAGGACGCGACGGUCCUCGCUCUCCUCAGGCCUUCUGGCCCCAGAGCCUGUGGACUCUAUGACACUCCGAGAGGAGCCGGCUGGGGUUUUUUCGGCGAGAAGACAAGAGAAGAAUUUUUGAAAGAAUUUAUAUAAAUACAGCAAAAGGAAUGCUGGAGACGGCCGCCAUGCCUGGCAGAGACCGAGAGAGGCGAUUUAGGUAAGAAUCAGCUGCACAAAGGCUCCCCGCAGCCUUCCGGAAGUGAAAUGGCGGGAGCCCCAGUCUCACUGUCCAUCGCCCCCCCGGAAACGGAAACAGAAUCCCAGUGUGCCCCUUCCUCACUGCCCUCCAAAUCCCGCUGCAGCCAUUGCCGCAACCACGAUGCCGAAACGAAAGAAGCAGAAUCAGCAGCAGCCGCCGCAGCAGCAGUUCGCAUUACCAGAUCGGGAAGACACUGGAGACGAGGAGGAUGGGAGCCCCAUCGGACCUCCCAGCCUCCUGGGCCCUCCCCCCAUGGCCAAUGGAAAACCUGGUGACCCCAAGUCAGCUCUUCACAGAGGUCCUCCAGAAUCAAGGGGACCAAUGAUCCCAGCCCUGCUGAGUCUCCCACCUCCUCCCCGGGGCAGAGGCCCAAUUCGGGGAGGCCUAGGUCCCAGGUCUGGCCCAUAUGGUCGUGGUUGGUGGGGGGUCAAUGCUGAACCUCCUUUUCCUGGACCAGGCCAUGGAGGUCCCUCCAGGGGAGGCUUUCACAAAGAGCAGAGAAACCCUCGAAGGCUCAAAAGCUGGUCUGUUAUCAAGAAUACCUGCCCACCCAAGGAUGGACCCCAGAUUAUGGAAGACAAAUCUGGCCGUCCUGUCUGCCGACACUUUGCUACAAAGGGCCACUGUCGAUAUGAGGACCUCUGUGCCUUCUACCACCCAGGCGUCAACGGGCCUCCGCUGUGAGACUGUGCCUUCCUGUCCAGGCUGGAAGGAGCCCUCUGUGACCUGGCGGCCAUAUAUUUCCCUGUGGCCCUGUGAUGGCUACUGUGAGGCUGUUUCACCCACCACCCUCAGUGACGCCCACCCCAUCUGCCAUCUCCCCCAUUUGGGGUCCAGAGUUGUGUUUCAUCACUGCUGCGCGGUGUACACUCUUCCGAUCCAGCCUCCAGAGACUCGCCAUUGGGACCCCAUCUUUGCACCCUUCAACUGCCUCCCGGAUCCUCGUCCCCCUCACCAAAUGACUGCUGAACAGGAAACCUCUUUGGUGCUGUUUCUUGUGCAUCUGUUCGCCCAGCCCCCCAUAUCGCCCUCGAUUCCUGAGAGCCCCAGAGCAGUUGCCUACCAUUCCCUUCUUCUGGCUGCUUGUUUUAAGUCCUUUUUAUGUGACACUCUCCACCUCCGAUGUUGUCAGCUGCUUGUGAAACUCACCAGGUUGUCUCCCUGGGUCAAAUUUGGAUGACUGGUGCAGAGUGACUCCCUGACAGGCCACUCUGCCCUGCUUUUGGGUUCCGUAGUUUCUGCGUCUGUGGCAUGACCCCCGCCGCUAUGGUCUGUGAUCACUGUGCUUUGUGAAACCGUGCAUCCCCUCGUAGUCUUUCUCAGUGUGUGUGUGGCAUUUUUGUGACUUCCCAACACUAGAGUAGUUUUUCUGCCAAAAUGAGUGAGGCUCUUGGUGCCCUCUAGAGUUUUCCCUACCUCCCAACAUGGGAGAAUUGUGAGACUUUCCCAGGACUGCCUCCCCGGUCCUCCCUGUUCUCCCAGUUUCGUUUUUUCUGGGUCUGACACAAGCCCAUGAGGUGUGCUCGGAAGCCUCUGAGGGACCCCCUCUCCAGCCCAUUUUAGUUAGACGACAUCAUUGUGAGGCCACCAGCCCUUUUGUUGGAAUUCUGUGAAUCUCCUCCUGGCUUACUCAGGUGGAACCUGGACAGUACUGUCGCCUCUUCCGGCCUUCUUCCCCCGCACCCCUGGCCCUGGUUGUUUUCUGUGAAAACGGCAGUGGACAGGUUCAGUUUUGAACUGGCCCUGAGGAAACGAGUCAGGAGUUGUGUGGGCAGGAGGGAGGGAUGAGAGCUGUUGGAGAAUUGAGAAUGAUUUUUUUUUCUUUUUAACAUUUUUUUUAUAUUAGUAAUAAACGCAGUGGAAAUAAGCAUUUUCUUUAAUCCCUGUGUUCUACUCAUCUCUGCAGGGGUAGAUGAGGCUAUUCUUGUCAGAAUCAUUCUGUCCUUUAGUUCAUACACAGAGGUGAUGGGGAGAGGCAAAGGUUAAGUUUCCACUCUGAACCAAUAAGGUCCCAUCCACCUUUAAGCAUCAAUUAGACCGGUCACAUGAUGGUCAAAGGUAAAGUUUUGUAGGAUAAAGGCCUUGUAUCCAUGGAGUGUAAAUAUGUUCCCCGUGUUGGCUUUAGGUUUAUGGAGUGGUUAUGACAAAAGUCUUUUAAUGAAUAUUUGUAGAGUGCCUGUGAGCCAGGCAACAUACUAGGCACUAGAGAAACAGGACCAGGCCAAUGAACUUGAAAUCUACAGGGGGAGACAUGUCACUAAACAAUCACAGAUAGUAUAGUCAGCCCUGUCAAAAGUGCUGUGAAGAGCUAAGUCGUUAACAAAAGGGGAAAGAUGACAACUGAACCAAACUCCUAAAGACAAGAGGUGGGUGGGCAAGCGGAGUACAGAUAAAAGUGUUUACUAGAGGGCAAGGAUGGGGGUGUGGCAGAAGGGAGAGGAUCUGGAGCACUUGGGGCCCUGAAGGACAUGGGACCUGUGUCUAAGGAACCUUUGAAGAGUUUUAGAUGGAGAAGCAUCAGGGCUUAGAUUGGUUUUUCAGAAACAUCAGCUCUGGACCUGACCAAGCUUAAACCUUAAGACUAGAAGUUUGAGCCAUCCAGGUGAGUCCUGGUGGUGACAUGCGCUGGAGACACAGGCUGGAGAAAAGUGGGCAUUUGGAAAUAAGGGGUCAAAUGAGUAUUUUAGGUUUCUCUGGGCUAGUUCUGGCUGAUAUCUGUUAAGUGCCAUUUAAAGAGGAAAGGUUUUGGGAAAAAAUAGGCAGAAUGACUUAAUUUGCUUUGGGGAUGGUUGAAUCUAAGCUGAAUUUUUAAGAUAUCCAAAGAAUGUAAAGAGAAAACUCAGUUUUACCUCCUGUCUGAGGAAAAACCUAGUUCUUAGUUUCUUCCCUGUGAGUGUCCUUUACUAGCCACACAGCAUCCUUCCCUUCUUGCCACGUAUGUGGCUUUACCUGACAAUGACGCCAGCUGGCUGGCCUACAAUUUAAUUAAAUUCUGACAAUAUGUUCCAAAGAUAGGUAGAGAGCUGGUUCCCACAAGACUGUCCCCUCCCUCUUCCCCCAGCGCACACUUCAGAUGCCAGUCAAAAGCUCAGCUUGUAACCUAUACCUCUGACCAACCGCCUAGAGACAGGUUGCACUCACCCUCCCCUUGAGUUGGGCUAGUGUACUAGCUCACAGCACUUAGGGACACAUUUAACAUUUACUGUUUACUAAAGGAUAUGCUAAAGGAUGCAAUGAACAGCCAGGUGAUAUACAUAGUGCAAGGUCUGGGAGAGUCCCAAGGGCAGAGGAACUUCCGUCCCUGUGGAGUGGGGUGCUUCACACAGCCUGGGUGUGUUCACCCACCUGGAAAGCCCCAAACCCCAUUCCCCACACCCCCACAUACAUACUACUGCAAUUUGAUAGUUUUCUCAUAGAUACAAUCAAAUUCUAACUCCAUUCCUAGCCCCUCACCCCUCUGCAGGAUGAGGGGAGGGGCAGAAAAUUCCAUGUUUCUGAUCAUGCCUUGAUCUUUCUGGUUACCAGUCCCCAUUCAGGAAUCCACCCAGAAUCACCUCAAUAGAAUAAAAAAUGCUCUUAAUGUUUUCAUCACUUGGUAAUUUGCAAGGGUUUCAGAAGCUCUGUAGCAGAAACCGGGGGCAAAUUAUAUAUAUACAGUACAUCCACAUACCUACUCUUUUACACAGUGAGAUAUAAAGUAGAAGGGUGAAAUUUAAUGUAUAGAUUUGAUAAUCAGAUUAAAACUAGAAAUAUAAACCUGAGUUAUCGCUACGUAGAGGCUGGUGGAAGCCAUGAGCAUAGAUAGCUUCACUCACUCUAAAUAGUAGGCCCUGACUAUGGCCCAGUUUAUCAGAUUUAGGUUCAAUGUAACAGAAACCAAAAUUAGUUUUAAAACAAGAUAGGUUAUUUCUCUUCCAAAUCAAGAGGUAAGCAGUCCAAGGAAAUCAUGGCAAUCAGGGCCUCCCUGGUAGCCUAAGGGUUUAGUCUCAGUGCUAUCACCUCUCGGUUCUAAGUUCCACUCCCGCCAGGGAGCUAAACCACCUGGCCAGGCAGACCUCUCCUGUCUUGCCUGCUGCUCCCCUCAGCAGCGUAUUUCAGUGAUCCAUGUGUUCUGUUCCCCAUUCUGUCUCUGGUGAACCCUCUCACCCACCACACCUCUGGCCUAGACCCCAGUUCUUCUACGCAUAAAUCUUUAAAAAAAAAAAAAAAAAAGGCAUGACAAUCAGCACCACGGGUCCUCAGGAGUUCAGAAGGCCUCUUCCCCGCAGCAUUCAGCUCCACCAUUCCUGAUGUCUGUCCCUCCUACUCACAGUCCAAAGUGAAACUCUAACUUGCAUCCAUACUCCAAGAUUCAGGAGGAAGAAGGGCAAAGGACACCAACCACUUGGCAGGAAAUUUCCCAAAAGGUAAAAAAGGUCUUAAAUUUACAUGCCACUAGCCAUAUUUAGUCCUAUGAGUGAGGUUCAGAAAACUACUCUAUUCACACAGCAAUAAGUUAAGCAAAUAUUGGACUUCAGCUGGUGAAAAUGUUAGGGUGGGAUGAACCUCCUCUACUACCCACUCAAUGCUAAAAUUUAGGGGUGGGUGAACUGGAGAACAAAAAAAUGCCAAUGCCCCCCAGCCAAAGACCCUUGGGAACACCUAGUAAAGUCAAAGUUGGAUUUAUUCGAUGGGAGAAGCAGGUGAGACAGGAGAGGUCUCUGCGCCAUGUGGGUUGCUCCCUGGCCAGCCGGGAAUCGAACUCUUGCAGUGGCUUUGGAUAACUUGAUAGUGCUGUCUUUAACUCCUGUGCCACCAGGGAGGCACUGGGUUUAUUCUUUGCAGAGGUCUGAUUAAGAGAGGGUGAGAAAUGACAAGAUUGAGGUUUGUCUUAGGUGAUUUAAGGAAAAGUUCCAAGAAGCAAAACCAUUCUGGAUUGGGUGCUUUCGGGAACAAGAGCAAUUCUAUGAUCACAUGUAUCAGUUAAUCUCAAUUAGAAGGGGAAAAUGAAACAUAGCAAGACUGUAACGUAAGAAAGCAUUCAUUCAUUCAUUUUAGCUAGCAGAGGGGGCUAUUUAGUAUUUAAAGUUUACAGAAUAACCUUGUUUUUGUCUGUGCUUAGACAAGAUCAUGAACUUUGACCUAUAUCACCACUGAAGGACCUUGUCUGACAUUGGAGUCCUGUGAGAUUAUGGCCUAGCUGUUAAGGUCAGGUCAGUUCCUAGUUGUCAGUCACUUUAAAAAAAAAAAGAUAUAUUUAUUUAUACAUACAAGAACUGGGGUACAGACCAGAGGUGCAAGGGGUGAGAGGAUUCACAAGAGACAGAACGGAGAACAGAACAGGCAGACUGAAAGAAAUACACUGCGGAGAGGAGCAGCAGGUGAGACAGGAGAGAUCUGCUGUGCCAUGUGAGCAGCUCCUUGGCCAGCUGGGGAUCGAACUUCUGUGGCAGAGGCUGUGGAUAUCUUCACAGUGAUGUGCUUAACCUCUUGCACCACCAGGGAAACCCUGUCAGGCGCUUUUUCUCAAUAGUAAGCAAGCAUGUAGGUUGUGAUUAAUGAUUUAAAUGAAGAAAUGAGGUACUAUGUAGAGAAUAAUAGAUGGUAAGUUGCUCAAGAUGUGAGGUGUAGGCCAGAGGUACGGGGAGGAGGGUGAGAGGAUUUCACCAGAGACAGAGUAGGGAGCAGAACAGGCAGACUGAUUGAAAUACACUGCUGAGGGGAGCAUCGGGCAAGACAGGAGAGGUCUGCUGUGCCUUGUGGAUCAGCUCCCUGACCGGGGAUCGAACUCCUGCAGCAGUGGCUGUGGAUAGAUUCAUAGUGCUGUGCCUUAACCCCUUGCACCAUCAGGGAGGCCCCCAGAACUUAGUUUUGGGGACCUCUGUCAUUUCAUGGCCAAGUGAAGACAGAUAAAGAUAAGCCUCCUAGAGGAGUGAGGAGGGAUGACUAGAGAGGCAGGGAGAGAUUUGGGUAUAGUGUCUUCCGGGUGUAUGCUCUGUGCCCAGUGCCAAGCUUUGUACACAUUGUCUUAGUAAGGCUUCACAUUCAUUCAAAGAAUAUUUCAGUGCCUACUCUGGGCCAGGGACUGUUUUAGGAUCUGGGCACAUUUCAAUGAAAAGGACAUAACCCCUCCAUGUGUAGUGCUUAUGAUCUAAUGAAAAUGACAGUGUGUAGGUAUGUGUGUAAUGUGUAAUGAAAUCUUUUUUUUAAGAUUUUUUUAUUUAUUUAUACAAGAACUGGAGUACAAGCCAGAGGCGCCGGAGGGUGAGAGAAUUCACCAGAGUCGGAGCAGAGAUCAGAGCAGGCAGACUGAUGAAGUACACUGCUGAGGGGAGCAGCGGGCGGCAGGAGAGGGACCCUCUCCUGGCGGCUGGGGAUCGAACCGUGCUGCAGAGGCUGCGGGCAGCUUCGCUACCCAGCGCUCAAAUGCUACGCCACCAGGGAGACCCCUGUAAUGAAAUUUUAUAGUAAAAAGUACUUAGAAGAAAAACUAAGUAAAGGAGAGGGUUGGAGAGUGACAAGUGGAAGAGAAUACUACAAUUGAUAGUGCUUCCUGGAGGAGGUAGCAGGUCUAAAUUAAAUGAGAGAGCAACCAACCAUAUGCCUAUGGGGAAGUGUAUUCCAGAACUAGGGAACAGCAAGGGCAAAGGCCCUGAAGCAGGAAUGAGUUUGAUAUAUAUAUAUAAAGUAAAAUAGAAGCCAGUGUGGUUCGACUGUGGGGGAAUGAGAUCAGGAAGCUUGACAGGCACCUGGUCAUAAAGAGCCCUGUAAAUAGGGGCGGUUAGCCCUAAAGGUCACUGCAGGGGAAGGUGCAGCACCAAAUAAAGCAUUUAGAUUUUAUUCUGAGUAUUUUGAGCAAUGAUUCAUGUUUAAAACUCACUACUGACUGUAGGUAUGAAAGUUAGACUAGACAAUGGGAAUGACAGCAGGGAAACAAGUUAGGAGGCUGCUUUGGUGUUUCCAGGGAAAGAGAUGGUGGCUUGGUCCGAAGUAGAGGUGGAGAGACAUAGGUAGAGUGGGGAUGUUUUCAAAUCUCCCAGGUGGCACAGUGCUGUGAAGCUGUCCGCAGCCUCUGCAGCGCGGGUUCGAUUCCUGGCUGGCCAAUGAGAUAACCACAUGGCGUGGCAGACCUCUCCUGUCUCACCUGCUGCAGCCCUCAACAUUGCUUUGGGUCCAUCUGCCUGUUCUUUUUCUGGUGAAUUUUCUCAUCCUCCCAUACCUCUGGCCUGUAUAAAUAAAUAAAUAUUUAAAAAACUCACUUGAUGGCAACUCCAUCUUUCUAGUUGCUCUGGAUACAUUGGUAUCAUCCUUUGUUUCUUUGAUCAUACCUGAUAUCAAUUCACUAACAAAACCUGCGGAUUCUUUUUUCAAUGUCCUGAAACCAGCCCCUUUUGCCACUUCUAUUAUUGUAACAAGGUGGUCCCCAGGAAAAGGGGAGGUUCCAGGUUCCCUGUCCCACCCAAAGGAAGGUGGAGCUGAGCAGGGAGGAGAAGAAGCUGGACAGGAGACUGAAAAAGGAAGAAAACAGGAUGGAGAGCAAGAAGGACACCUGAAGAAGGCACAAGGAGCGCAAGGAGCAGAGAGACAUGUGAAGAAACUAUGUUUGCUUCUUGGUCCUGGACUGGUUGACAUAGAAGUGGUUGAGAGACCCGUGGGGAGGUUAACAAUGGCAGCUUUAUCUUGAUUUUAUCUUUAUCUUUGAUUUUGCUCUUUUCCUCCCAGACUUGUUUGAUUGCUUCUGACCCUUUCCUAUGGGUCCCUGCUAGAAAGUGCUUUAGAUUUAGGGCAGGCUUUUGGGCCCUGCUUUGGGCCAACCCUGUUUGGCUAGACAUUUACCCACAAGGAGAUGGUAACUUUGGGUGCUUAAUUUGGAAACUAUAUUCUUUGUUUUUUCUGUAUUUCACACUAAUUGUA